GCACAGCAGAGGCAACAGUUUGCUCCAUGCACACACACUCAAUAAGCUCACACACACUUCACAUACACACACCCACACACGCGCGGAGCGUAUGCACUCCCAGCCGCUCACCCAUUGCGGGCGAAGAUCGCUGUUUCCAGCAGCUGCAUGGAGCACAUACUAGCCUCAGCUAUCUCUGCCUCAGUCCUGCCGUGUGAGAGAUAACACAGCUCUGAGCGAGAGAGGGGGAUAGAGGGAGAGACAGACGAAGGGAGAUACACAGCUUUUCUACGACAGCGCGCACGUGGGAGCUGCCCCGCAGGGCUGAGGGAUGUGUGUUGCCGGCGAGGCCGGGUCUGGGGUAGCCCGUGGCCGGAUCUAGGGCGUUCUAUCCCAGCAUGCUUCCCCUGGCUACCCCCAGCAGUGCCUUAUAAUGCACAAAUGGGUUUGGGGCUGGACAAGGCCAGACCUACUGUGUGGACUGUACCUGCGACUGCUGCUGUGGAUGGGUGUAGUGGGCGGGGCCACAGUUGAUCAGAGCAUUGAGCGUGUGCUCUCCAACUGCUCCAAGCACGAGCGCUACACCCGUAACUACGACUACAUGGAGGGCGGAGACGUGCGCAUACGCCGCCUCUACAGUCGCACACAGUGGUUCCUCACUAUUGAUGAACAUGGCAAUAUCAGCGGUACACAGGACGCCAGCAACUACUACAGUGUUCUGGAAAUGCGGACAGUGUCAGAGGGAGGCGUGCUGGCAAUCAAAGGGGUGAAGAGUCAGUAUUACAUCUCCAUGAGCAGGACCGGAAUACUGCAGGGCAAGAAAGACUACAGUGACAUGUGCAACUUUAAGGAGGUGUUUUUAGAAAACUACUACACGGCCUACUUGUCUGAGAAGUGGACUAAGCGUGGCAGGGAGAUGUUUAUCUCACUGUCACAGAAGGGCCGACCGCUGAGGGGAAAGAAGACCCGCAAAGAGAAUGUCGCUGCUCACUUCAUCCCUCGUAAAUGUCAAGAGGACGACAAGACAUUGGCUUGACAUCAGCACACACACACAAACCAUCUCACUUACACACAACACCAUACACACACAUAUCACGAUCACCCCCGUACCAUCACACACACACACACCCGUACAUACCCGUACACAACGCCUAUUCCAUAAACUAUGCAAACGCUGUAACCAUUCAGUUCCAGCAUGGCCAGUGGACAGCCCAGCCCUCUCAGCGCAUUACAGUGUGUUAUGGGAUCCUCCCGCAUUUUGUCAUCGGUACUCUAAAAUCGCCAGGAAUCUGGGUGGAAUGGAAGUGUACCGUCCACUACUAUCGGACAAUGUUGGACACCAGAAACAGCCCGGAGAGAAAGACAUUCAAUCUACAACCUCAAUGGGAGGACUUGUAUUAAAAUGAUAAAUGCUGGGUGAAACCAGAGAGACAAAGGAAGAAUUCUACUGUGUUCUUUUAGCAGAACACCGUCGUGACUUUAAAGUGGCCAAUAAAAGUAGCAAUAGUCAGGACAUCGUUCAUCAGGAGAAGGACAGCUCUAGCGUUGUAAAGUAGAGCCACAAACAUUAUAAGGUCAGUUGUAAAAACAGUGGAUUUUUUGUGAGUGUUUGCACAUCCUAAGCGAACAUAUUGCAUUACACUUUAACCAACGACCUGUCUUUAAUUUCAUAAUUAAACCUAUAAUUACAGUGCAAAGGACAAUCUAGAAUGUGCCUUACAUCACUUUGAAUUGGUCUAGUUUUUAAGCACACUCCUCUCACACUCUGCAACGAAGGGAAGACGAAUGAUGGCCCACCCGCCGAAGCUGCUGAUGUACAAAGUGGACUUUCAAUGAAUGUGGGCAUGCCUCAGUUCUAGGGAUUUGCUGUGGAAUUGGAUUUACUGAAUACAUCCGUUUAUCUAUAUUUUGAACAACAACCACAUAAGUUCUCUCUCAGCAUGACACAUUCCAUUAAUUAUCCCUCCAGGCAUUUUAUUAAACCAAUCCAUAUGCAGAAUAACAUUCAAAACAACAUUUUACAAGGAGGUUUUUAAUUAUCUACUAUCUACUGCGUUAUCAUACUCUAUUUUUAAACGUGUUUAAAUUUCACAUUGUGCCUAUUUGUGAUGUAAACAAGUGUGACUGUUCACUAUUAACUGUUAUUUAUAAUAAUAAUGUAAAAUGUGUGUGGCUGGAUGGAGCUCGUAUUAGUCAGAAAGAUUAGGACUAGUCUCGUCUCUGAAGGGGCUGAUUAUAAGGACUGCAUAUAAAGAGAGCAGGAGCAGGCGCUCUUCAUCUCCCAAACGAGAAGCUUUUAACCACUAGACUGCAAACGCACCAUGACGACUGUGUGACAUGAGACAGGUAUUUCUUAUGCUGCUAUCUGCGAGUACAUAACCAGAAUAUGGGUGUUUUUAUUUAAAAAGCAAAACCACAAAUAAAUAAGCAAAUGUUUUCUAUUGAGUGUUUUGAGAAAAAAAAAAUCUUAUAUCACCCCAAACAAUAUAUUGUAUAACUUCUAAGCUACUUUUAAUGUAUUUCUGUGAGGUUAUUUAAAUAAAACCUUUUGU